AUGCUGCGCACAACGCUCAGAUCUGCGGCUCACGAUGCCGCCGAGUGGGAAGCAGAAGACGUGACAGCCAUUCUGAACGAGGAGGCGGCCAACUCGACACGAAGCUCUCCCAGAAAGAGGAAGCGAGAGUCUCGCGGCGGUGUCCAUGCUUCAAGCCCCUUGAACAAACGUAUCCAAAUCGAGUCACCUACGCAGACUGCCUCCGACGCAGCAGUCGCAACAACUGCAAGUCCCUCCCGCCGCAAAUCCGGAAGACUUCAGGCACGCAAGUCGCUUUCAGCACUUACUAGCGUCAAACCACGCGACUUAUUCGAGAUCCCUGAUAGCCCGGAAUCGAAAUUUGUGACAAAGCCGUCACUGGACCCGAUCAUCAAGCUCAGGCCGCUGAAUAAACGAAUAGAACAGACGGAAUCGCCCUUCAAGGGCAAGGGUGUACUAGAAACGAGGACAAAUGCGCUGGUCAACUUGGACGAUUCGCCUAAGAAGCGACCUGUGAGGACCAGAAUCGAGAAGAUUGGUCGGUCUCUUCACAAAGCCCGCCGGCCUGCGAGCAAGCUGAGGGAAACAACCACAACUACGGGUCAGGAGCCUUUUGACGGUGAGGAUAUUUUCGAAGCCUCUCAAAGGGAAGAUCCGGCGGAUGAUCUCUCAGAUCAUGGUCGAAGAGCUUCGCAAGAAGGGCCUUCAAAUAAAGAGGUUUCAUCCAAGGCUUCCAAAAAGUUAUUGCGAUCCAAAACACAACUUCCGGCCGAAUCAAGCAGAGAUGCUGAUCCCGAGAUCGAGCGGAAUCCGCAGGACCCUGCCAGAUCAUCGAAUCCGCUUUCUGAAGCUGCAAAUCAGACGCUGGCCAACGAAAUAACCGAGCCAGAUGUCGUUGACGAGGUGAUCGAAGAAAGCGGAGAGGAGGAAGUGGACAACGCUGCAAAUGAGGAGGGACAGAAGGAAGUCGACAAUCCAGAAAAUGAGGUGGGACCUCUGCAGCAAAGUCAGCGGCCACGGACUCGAGCUGAACGGGAUGUUGCGGAGCAGACUGCUGCCGAAGAAGAAGCCAAACGAGAACAGAUGGUUAAAGACGCAUUGUCAGGCAUCGAGAUAGCUGCACAAGUCUACGCUUGCAAAGAUGCUUGGACGGAAUCGCUUGUGGCUGCCGCCGAGAUUGCCGAGAACCGCACUUCCUCUGGACCAGAGUCGAUCAAGGGGAGAGCUUGUGCGCGUGAAUUCAAAAAGAUGGUGCAUAUCUACAAGCGGAUCGAUCGUGGAAAAUCCGGGUCUCCUGGACGGCUGGAGCAUGAGAAACAGGAGACGCUGGGCCUGCUGAAGCAACGAUGCAAACUGAUCUGUGGGUUCCAUCAUAAACCCGACAUGAAAUUCGACCUUGAGCGGAAAAAAAUGAUCCAAGACAUAUAUGAGCACUUGAUUCCUAGUUCGUUAGAACUGGCCAAACGGGCGCUCAAGGCCUUGUUCCAGAACGACGAGCUCAGCCUGACGGCCUUGGAGGAAAUCUGCCAGCUCCUCAACAUAACAUCCAAGCUGGUGAAGGGCGCCCGGGCUUGGACCCCAAGACCUCAGCUGGGAAAUGCGGUCAAAAGAAAGACACAUUCAGACAUCAAGCCCAACGUUGAGACUAUCGUCGAAAAUUAUGAUCGUGCGAUUGACGAGGAUGAUCAAAAGAGGUUCGUCGACGAGCUUGAAGUUCGGCAAAAGCAGAAUUUAGAGAGAUUGGAAGCUGAACACCAGCGGAUGAAAGAGACACGGCUGGCGAAAUAUAGACAGUAUCGCUCUCACUAUAACCACGACGAUGCGGCAAUCCCAGCCAAGUCACUUUCCGGCUCACAGCGUCAGUUCGUUGACAUUGACGAGAUACUCAUCGACAACGAGGGUGACCUGGCAGAUUCUCAACACAGAUACGAAACUGGCCACGUCAACGGGUCAGAUGCACCGACCAGACCAAGACUAAGACGAGAACCCACGGAAGACAUCCCCCCUCCAGAUGAGACGAAAUGGGGUGAAAAAGAAUUGACUGUGUUGGUCAACGCCCUGCAAAAAUACACCAGUGAGUCAAGAUGGGAAGACAUCAUCGACACCUACGGGGGCCCUCGAGGGAUACUGGAGAAAUACGACAUGGAUCAGAUCAUGGCCAAGGCAAGAUGGGUCAAGCAGACAAUGGCGAGGCAGCUGGAGGAUGAGUUGGAUGAAUCCUGGAACUGGUUAAGGAGUGUUCCGGGUUGA